AUGCCUUCCACAUCACUGAAUUCUAUUAUUAUGAACAUUGUUCUUCCAAACCUUGAUCAAUUUUCUCAGCUUAAUGAUGUCUAUAUUGUGACUAAUAAAUUACCAGACAUUGACUUUAGUAAAUCCAGUAGUGGCACGAAAGUUCGGGGCAUUUUUGAAAAUCUAAAAUCUGUUUCUAAACAGCUUCGAAUACAAGCAGCCUAUUUCAAUAAUGAACAUGUUGGGUUUGCUACACUACCUCCAGCGACGACAGAAAUCAUCGGCAAUCGCCAAGAAACUGAAUUCAUAUAUUCUGAAUUACUUCUCAAAGCAUUUCUUAUGAAUGAACCGGAUGCAUUAGAAAUUAAAGAUUUUGUUGGUGCAUGCCGUCAAAUCUACUUAGUUGAUAAUGAAUCAGCUUUACGUCAGUUGGAUGAAUUUGAAAGGUCUUAUCAAGCCAAAGAUGCCAUCCGAUGGUACACUCGACCUAUUUUUCUAUUUGGCAUGAUAAAUGCAGCCCUUCGAUCAUUUAAUUUAAUGCUAAUGCUUCAUGCACGUUUCUUUAUUCGUGAUUUACAUGUUGAAUUGCAGAAACUCUAUCAGGAAUCCAGUAAUCGUGCACCGUCGACCAUAGAAGUUUAUCGAGGUCAAGGUAUGAUGCGUAGUGAUUUUGAUAAACUUAUAUUGAAAAAUACAGGUGGUCUUUUUUCGCUUACGACUUUCUGGUCUACGAGUCAGAAGCAAGAACCAGCUCAACUAUUCAUGGAACAAGAUCCAGAAAAAGUAUCAAUUCUUUUUAAAAUUACGCUCGAUACUGGAGUGACCAAUAGUCUCUAUGCUGAUAUCACUCGUUUUAGUUGGAUACAGGACGAAGAAGAAAUACUCUUGUGUGCAGGUAGCAUUUUUCGCAUAAUGAGUGUCGAACCAAUGUCGAGUCUCAGUGAUGGAUGGAUGGUAACACUAAAUUCGACGAACGAUCAUGAUGAACAACUUGUUCGUCUUAGAGAACAAAAGGAACGAGAAUUGGAUGGUAUGACGCCUUUGUAUCGAUUUAUUCAAAUUUCUAAAAUGAUGGAGUGUUGGGAUGAAGCAAUGUGUCUUUGUGAUUCACUCCUUGAUAUUGUCGAAGACAACGAAAAUAAGACCAAAGCAUUGGGUGAUAUUUAUUUUCACAAGGGUGAAAUAUUUGACGCUCAAGGUGAUUUUGAUGAAGCUUUGAAUAAUUAUGAAAUGUCUGUAGAAAAUUAUCUACUUAUGCAAUCGAUUGAUAAAGGACGUUUGGCUUAUGCUUAUUCAGGAGUAGGCGCAAUGCUUCAAAAACAGGGACAAUACGAUAAAUCUCUUGAACAUUUCGAACGUGCUCUUGCUCUUGAUCGUGAAGCAACAGCAUCACCUAAUCCGCCUAUUGUUGCAACACGUCUCAAUAACAUUGGAUUUUCCCUUCUCUAUCUUGGCAGAAUAACUGAAGCGCUUGAAAAUUUUCAUAAAGCACUAAAAAUUCAGACUGAUUGUCUACCUCCAAUACAUCCCGAUCUGUCGAUAACUUAUAGUAAUAUUGGUUCGACGUAUGCAGUAUUGAAAGAUUGGGAACAUGCUUAUGAGUACAUGGAAAAAUCACUUCAGAUUGCCAAGAAAUGCUAUACUGCCAAUCAACGAUCGCUCGCUGAAGCUCAUGCAACUAACAACAAAGAUAUGCAUCAUAGUGCUAUUUGUUACAUAGAAAAAUUAGAAGGAGCCGAAAAUCGUUGGAUUUUUGGCUUUGAUAAAUAUUGUUGA